AGCCCGCCGUCACCACCACCCCAAAAGUUCCCGCGUGGAAGCUCAACAGCUUCCUUCCAGGAGUGUGGAGUUCCGUCGUGUCUGUUUAGUUGCCAUCCGUUCACCUUCCGGGACAGUCAAGUGUGCUCCUGAGUUGUACGAAGGGCAAAUUAGAGGCGAAAUCUUCUCAAGUGCGGUGGUGGGUUCUCACUGUGUGCGUCUCAAGAGUGCUUUUCGUGUGUGUGAAAGUGGUGAAGGUGUUUGAUGGCACCUACGAUGCAGGCGCCACCACCAAUUAAAGCACCUCCAGAGCAGGGUGGCUCCACAAGACGUCCCGAAACUGGCGCCUCAGGCUCCUCCAUGUACACUCAUGUAGCCGAAGACGAUGGAAAUGGCGAAGGAUCAACGUGUGGACGCGUCCUGAUCCUCCUGUCGUGGCUCCUUGUCAUCGUUACGAUGCCCUUCAGCCUCCUGGUGUGCUUCAAGGUGGUCCAGGAGUACGAGAGGGCUGUUAUUUUCCGUCUUGGGCGUCUCAUGCAGGGCGGCGCAAAGGGACCAGGUAUCUUCUUCAUUCUCCCCUGCAUCGAUGCCUAUGCCCGUGUCGACCUCAGGACACGAACGUACGACGUUCCGCCGCAGGAGGUCCUAACAAAGGAUAGUGUGACUGUAUCCGUUGAUGCCGUGGUUUACUAUCGAGUCUCAAAUGCAACGGUGUCAAUUGCAAAUGUGGAGAAUGCCCAUCAUUCCACGAGACUUCUGGCACAGACAACACUGAGGAAUACAAUGGGAACGCGACAUCUGCAUGAGAUCCUCAGCGAGCGCAUGACAAUCUCAGGGACGAUGCAGUCUUCUCUGGACGAGGCCACAGAUGCAUGGGGUAUUAAAGUGGAGCGUGUUGAGAUAAAGGACGUUCGUUUGCCAAUUCAGCUGCAACGCGCCAUGGCGGCGGAAGCGGAAGCCGCCCGGGAGGCUCGUGCCAAAGUUAUUGCGGCUGAGGGUGAACAGAAGGCAUCUCGAGCCCUUAGGGAGGCCUCAGAGGUCAUAGGAGACUCCCCAGCAGCUCUUACUCUGCGCUAUUUGCAGACCCUCAACACAAUUUCAGCGGAGAAGAAUUCAACCAUUGUAUUCCCAAUUCCCAUCGAUCUCUUCAAGUCAAUGAUCCCCAACAAUCAGGCGCCAAUAAAACACCCAGAUAUGUCCCUCUAAGUUCCCCAGAAAGUUGUCUAAAAUUUAAAUUAAUUUAAAAAAAAAACGGGCUCUGUGUUAAGCAAUCACUGAGAAUUUCCCUCAAAGACUUCUUCGAAUUUUUAUUUUCUUUUUUUGCAAGGAAUCUGCCAGACAUUUGCAAAUUUUCAUGGGAGGGGUGAAAGGAAAAAUGGAUUUUUUCUUCUCAAAUAUGUGUGUUAAUCAAGCGGUUUCUGAACCUUUUGUGAAAGUAUUGGAAAAUUCAGAAAAAAAGAGAAAUGGAAUGUAAUUUUAAAGAAUAUAAAUGUUGUUGCGUCUCACUUUAUCAAAAUGCAGAGGAGUUUAUUCAUUUUUAAAGGGUUUCUUAAGGCGAAUUUUUCACAAAUUUGCCCCUUCACUGUUCAGCGAAAGGUUCAAUGAUUGCUUUAACAAUGAAUAAACUCCUUUUUCUUUCGAAAUGCAUGUGAAAAUUUAAAAGAAAAAAAACUUCAUCAUCAUGGGAGGAAAAAGUAAAAAAACAAAUCUUAAUGAAAUGAAUUUUAAAUGAGAAUUUUUUAAAUAAAAAAAAACUGUUGAUUCAACAGGUAACGAAACAAUGAACUAAAAAAAGGAAUAAACAAAUUGUGAAUAAAAACCGUAAGAAUUAAAAACCAAAAACCUUAACAAAAAUACGCUUAAAAAAUGAAGAAAAAGAAUGAUCGUGAAGGAACAUGCAAAGAAAAACUCACUGAAAAAUGGUUCUAUUUACAAAAAGAAAAUGUGACUAAAAUAUUAUUAAAUUAUAAUAUUAAAAAGAAAAAAACAUAAAACCUAUUGUAUGGAUAAAACAAAUGAUAAAUAGGAUGAUUUUAUAAAACGUAUUAUAUAUAUUUAGCAAAACUUUGAAUGUAUAAAUUAAAUUAUAAAAGAAAAGAAAAAGAAUUAAUUGGAGGGAAAAAAAUUAAUUCACGAUUAUUAUGUGACAUUGCACGAGAUAUUAAUCAAUUUUACUAACAUUAUUAUUAUAUUGAAAAAAGAAAUUAAAUUAUUAUAUACCUCUCGAUGGAGAUUAACGAAUUAAUUCUUAAUGUGGUUUUUUUCAUUAUUCCUAAAUGUUUAUAUCGUCUCAAUUGUAAUAACUACAUGUCGAUGAAUAAAAAAAGGAAUUUAAUGUGAAUUUCGUGAAUAUUUAAUGCUCAGUAGAGCAUGCAGAAUUUUUGCCCUACGAAGCUCACGCAGAAAUGAGCAAAAAUGGGCACACAAAUUAUUUUCAGUAUGUUGUAUACUAAAUUAUGCAAAAGGGUUUGAAAGUUUCAUGAAAAGUUACGUGAAUUUUUCCACAAAGACAAAUUUAAAGAGAAUUGAAUUAAGAUGAUUUUUUUCACUUUUAGAAGCUGAUAAAAUUUUGUUUUUGAAUUAAUUCAUUUAAAGAAUAUUAAAUAAAUUCUAAAUAUUACAAAAAAAAAUCACUCUUGUGCAGGUUAACAUUUAUAAUUUAUUUCGAUUUACAUUACACCUAAAAUCAAAUCUAGGUUAUUUUGUCUGUAAUCUUUAAAAAAACCUUUGAUGAAUAGAUUUUUUUACAGAAUAGAAAUCCAUAAAAAACUCUACUUUUGAAAAAGUAAAGAAAACUCUGAAAAAAAAAAUUGAAAUUUAUAAAAACUUUGACUUUAAAAAAUAAGAAAAAACACAACAAGGUAUUGAAAACAAAAAUUAUCUUUUUAUUUCUCAAAUUUUCUAACCUAUAAAUUUCAACAACAAAUACUUUUCACAAAAAAAAUUCAUUUAAAAAAAACCUAAAUGAAAAAUUUUUAAAGUCUUCUGAGCAAAUUACAAAAUCAAAUCAACAAACUUAUUUUAAAAUAGAAAAAAAACAAUUUUUCAUCGCAUAUGAGUUUUUCAUGAAACUUUAAACCCUUGCGGCAGGUAUAUUAUCUCAAAUAGCUGAAUUAUUACAUAAUUUUCCUGUAGUGGUGUCACGUCGAAAUUCAACCUCGAACACCGCUCAAAAUCACGUUUUUAAUGAAUGAAUCGCAAAAAAAUAAUAUUAUUUGAUGUUUAAAAAAAACUCAAUGAAUUUUGGAUUAAUAAUUUCUUUAUGUAAAAAAAAAAAAAGAAUUGCAGACUUUGGUAACAAGAACUUUAUGGUUGUUUAGCGAAAAAGGACGUCCUUACUUAUGAAUUGAAUUAAUUGAGAUUUAAUGGGGGUAUUGGCGGACUUUAAGUCUUAAGCAAAAAAAUAAAAAAAAAAAGAAAA